AUAGAUCAUUGGUUUCCACCGCCCGGAGCUCAGGGAAGACGAAGCUUCUUCCUCGCAUGCAUCCCGCGUGGCUUCUUCCUCGCACCGUGCACCGGGGCCUCACCUUCAGUUCCACCCACUUCACCUUCAGGUCGCACUGGGAAGUAGGAGAGGCGCUGGCAUGGUUGCGUCGCUACCCAUUAUUGGCGGAUUCCCUGCUGAUACCGACCGUCCGGACAUCCCGCGUGGCGUGCGACGUGUUCGUGGAAAUGCUGCGCCGGAGAAGAGGACGCGGAUUCGCUCCGUUGACGGGUCGCGUUCACAAAGUUUGUCUCACUCGUGCUGGACCCGUCUGGUUUCUUGGGAAUUUUGGCUUCUGUGAUUGCUAUGUGCGCCACACACUGCAGGUGCAGGUCAACUGUUUCACACGGACAUGUGGGGGUAUCUUGACGAAGUGAGGCUACCUCUCAUGGAAAUGAGCUGUUCUAAAGAGUGAAGUCCUUCGAGAAAGAAAAGGGAGGUCCAAUGGAACUUUCUUUCCCCUUUCUCUCGGUUUUAUCAGCAUUGAGUAUAUUUUGAGCAGGGGAUUGAGUGAGGACACCACAAUUCUUUGUUGUGUCCAAUUCGGCUUCAGGCUUAUCUUACAAGGUUCAUCGUUGAGCUGGGUACUUAGCUGAGGGAGACUCAAGGUGAAGGUGAAGUGUAGCCAUGGCGCUCUGGAAUGGUCUUGGCCAAGUGGCUACAGUUGCACAGCUGACUGGAGUGGAUGCCAGUGGGCUCAUCACGAUGAUACUUGAAGCGGUGAGGACGGUCAGCCGCAACAGGGAGGAAUGCAGGCAUCUGGCACGCCGGGUGAUGAUGAUUGGCGACCUUGUGCAGAAGCUGCAGGGAUGGGAUAUGAUGCAGGAACCAGAGAUUAGAAGGCCUCUGGACGGGCUGGAUGAUGCUCUCAGGGAAGCAUAUGUACUCAUUGUUUCCUCCCAGAACUGUAGCAUCGCAUACCGCUUCUUCAUGGGCUGGAAGCAGGCUGAACAGUUCUGUGAGGUGCAGAAGAAGAUUGAUAGUUAUAUCCAACUCUACCCAUUCAUCAGCCAUAUCGACAUUACUCGUCGACUAGACAAACUCUGCAGUGGUGCAAAUCCUUCAUGCUCCCAGAUCCAGGGUGCAGGAACAAUAUUGGGGACAUCAGUGAGUCUUUCAAACCCUGAGGCAAGGACACGAGAGGAUGGAAGUGGAUUUGAGCGUACUGAAUCACGAACUAAUGAAAAAGCACCUCAGCCUUAUCUAGGUUACAGGGAACAUCAUGACAUGCGGUCGGUCAGAAGCAACAGAUUUAUGUGUUGCUGUUGGUGGAUUCAGGACAUAACAAGAUCACCUUAUAUUCCUAAAUUCAUAGAUCAUCAAGGAAUAGGGUUUCCAGUAUUCCGCUUGUCUGAGCUGAAGGCUGCUACAAAUAACUUCUCAUCUGAAAAUUUGAUAGGAUGUGGUGGUUUUGGCAAAGUUUACAAGGGUAAAUUACGUGGAGGACUUAUGGUUGCAAUCAAAAGAUGUUUCAGUUCAGGUUCCAGUUUAGACCGAAAGGAUCUAUCGCGGCAAUUUGAGUCUGAAAUUAAGCUUCUUCUGAGGCUUCACCACAAAAAUAUAGUUAAACUUUUAGGUUAUUGCAUUGAACGAGGAGAGAGGAUUUUGGUGUAUGAAUACGUUCCAAAUGGUGGCCUGGGAAAAUUCAUAUUUGGAACAGGGAUACCGCUCAACUGGCCAUUGCGCUUCCAUAUAAUUAUGGGGAUUGCACAGGGCAUUGUCUAUCUACAUGAGUACUGUGAUUUUACUAUUGUACAUCAUGAUCUAAAACCUAGUAAUGUUCUCUUGGAUUCUGACAUGAAUCCUAAGAUUUUGGUGUAGCCACCAUACUAGGUAGUAGUAUGAAUGAAGACGGGAUCAUGGGAACAAUUGGUUAUAUGGAUCCUGAAGUUAUCAAGAUAGGCAGAUCGAGAUCGAGUAAGUCAGAUGUCUAUAGCUUUGGUGUCAUUCUCUUUGAGAUCAUCAGUGCAAAAAGGUUUUCUUCACCUUUUCAUGAAGAUCCUUCAUGUCCUGGGUCGCUGGAUUAUGCCUGGAAACUGUGGACGGCUGGGAGAUCACUGGAUCUUGUCGAUCCUGCUCAGCGUGACGAACCUCGGAUUGCUGAGAUACUGAGAUGUAUUCAGAUAGCACUGCUCUGUGUUGAACCAAGAGAAGAAGACCGGCCCACCAUGCGAGAUGUUAUUCUGAUGCUAAGCAGCGACAGUCUGAGAAUACCUUCCCCUAAGCGAAGAGAUCAUGCCACUGUGUUCAACAGAGAAAAACAGCAGGGGGAGUCCUGAAUUCAGAUGCUCAUGAAAUUGGUGUUGCAGUCAAUCACUAGAUGAUGAUGUUUCUGAUUUACAUGAACCAUUGUCAGGUUAUGGCUCAUCAAAACAUUGUGUAUAAUUUUCUCUGUUGACAAUCACAAUCAAUUGUCCGAUAAUUUUGCAAACAUAACAAUAUCCGAACAUUGUCAACAAAGGAUUCGUAAUUUUGUUACUUCACUGGCUUA